AUGACUCCUAUAACUAUAAGAAAGCAUAAAUCGGAUAGUUCCAAACGCAAAAGAAUAAAGGGACGAGAUAAAUUUGUUUUCAAUAAAGGGAGCGAAACACAAUGUUCAGGGGAUAUAGGAGUAGAUGUAGACAAUAAUGUUGGUGUAGAAGAAAAUGUGAAGCAAUCAAUGGAGACUCAAACACCUUCUCAGGAAGAUGUUGAUAUUGUCCCAGAAGAAAAUAUAGAGAAUCAAAUGGAGGAGCCUUUUGAAGUAGAUAUUGAUGUUAAUGUAGAAGAAACUAUGGAUCCUGGUUUGGAAGGAAAUGAUAAUAUUCCCAACAUCUUUGAUCCUAAAAAUUGGGAUAAUCUUGCUCCUAAAUUGAGGGAUUUAUUGGUGAAAAAAGGUCCUCUAAGAGAUGUGUUGACAGGCAAAGGUCCGAAAAAUGGAUCAAAUAACAGGCGUUUCACAUCUAAAUUCUAUAUUAUGCACUUAUCAAAUGUGCAGAAGCAUCAUCGAGACUGGCUUGUGUAUUGUAAGGAUCUUGACAGAGUAUUCUGCUUCUACUAUAAAGUCUUCAAGACCAAACGACAAUUUUCUCAGUUAGCACAUGAUGGAAUAAGGGAAUGGGGGCACCUUUCUCACAGUUUGAUGCAACAUGAAUGA